AUGAGCCGUGUACUUUCACUGCCCAACGAUACCGAGAUGCAGAUCGAGACAGCGGCGUAUGCUCUCUACAAGCUUUAUGUCGUUGUCUUUCAGCCUCAAUUUUCUUCUCUGCGUUCGCUGCGGGGACCAGCAAGCCCUAGUCGGAUCUAUGGCAAUCUGCGUCAGAUAUUCGAUACCGGAAGCGUUCGUAUGCAAGAGAUGUGGGUAGAGCAGUACGGAGAGACAAUCAAGUACAAGGGCUGGCUCAACCAAGACUAUCUCUACACUGUUGACCCUAGGGCUAUCAAUCAUAUCCUCACUCAUUCUCAGGAUUAUCACAAGCCGGCGCUCGCUCGAUACAUGAUAGCUGAGGCCAUUGGCAGUGUAGUAGUAGUCGAAGGAGAGCAACAUCGCAAACAGAAUCCAGCAUUCGGGCCAGUCCAGCUGAGGAACUUCACCGAGAUAUUCGUGGACAGAGCCAUUCAGCUGCGUAAUAUGUGGCUCGACGAAAUCUCCGACGACGCACAAGGCGCCCGCCUCGACGUGCUGAAUGGGUUGUCCAAAAUGACACUGGAUGUCAUGGGCUCUGCAGGAUUUGAUCACGAAUUUGAUCUGCUGCGACGUGAUGGGAAAUUCAAUGAGCUCGCUGACGCUUUUCAAGCAAUCUUCGGCCCGCCGAGCGGGAAACCAUUAUUCUUAACUGUGCUCCAAUUUCUCCUUCCGCCUCUUCGAUACCUCCCCACGGAGAGAACAAGGCGCCUCGCUGCAGCCAAAGCGACGAUCUAUCGUAUCGGUGCGCAGCUGCUUGUGGAGAAGAAGCGCAUACUGGAGGCUACGGUAGAAGGCGAGAAAGCCGGUGCAAUGCGCCUGAAUUUCGCAGGCCGUGAUCUGUUGGCCUUGUUAUUGAAAGCAAAUAUGGCAACGGGUAUUCCUGUAGACCAGAGGCUCACUGAUGACGAAGUACUCACUCCUGGAUAUGAAACAACUGCAAACGGGGCGAUGUGGUGCCUAUAUGCGCUGACACAGAAUCUUGAAACUCAGGAGAAGUUAUAUGCCGAGUUAAGCGAAGUUCCCACCGACGGCCCAUCCAUGGACGAGCUUCAAGCGCUGCCCUUUCUCGACCUUGUCGUUCGCGAGACUCUGCGGCUACACGCCCCCGUUCCUUCUAGCCUCAGGGUUGCGGUCAAGGAUGACACCAUCCCUCUUCAGAAACCGUUCGUCGAUGUGCAUGGGAAACCGCGCGAUAGAAUCGACGUUCCGAAGGGGACAACGAUAGAUAUACCUCUUCUGGCAUUGAACAGGGCAAAGACGAUAUGGGGCGAUGACGCCCUGGAAUUUAAUGACUUGAUGACAUUCCUUGGUGGGCCGCGUGGAUGUAUAGGUUAUCGUUUUGCCAUCAUUGAGAUCAAAGCAUUGAUCUUGACCCUCGUCCGCGCGUUCGAGUUCAAGCUUGCAAUACCCGCGGAUGAGGUCGUAGUGAAGUCUACGGUUGUGCGACGUCCGAUCAUUCGAAGUGAGACGGAGAAAGGCACGCAGAUGCCUAUGAUAAUCAGACCCCGUCGAGCAUGA